AGAACAUGCGAUGUUAAGAAAAUUACAGAAGAUCACCAGUUAUGGUUACAUUGUACUGUUCAAUGUACAUGCCUUGGGUAUACUGUGAUUUUCUCAAUAAAAAAUUGAUGAUAAAGAAAUGUCCCAUACACGUCUGUCACACACUCAUCAAAACUACAAAAUAAAACACGGGAAAUAUUAAGGGCAGCCAAUUUAAACUUCAUAGGACCUAUGUAGCGAGGACCCGAUGCGAGGCCCAGUGGACUUCUCUGUGUCCGAUCCUGCCAUAGAUGCAGUCUAUGGGUCCUACCAGGUCCUACCAGGUUCUGUCUCAGGUUGCCUGGUAACAGACGCUGCUGCACCUGCGCGUUUAAAAAUGUCUACACCCGAAACUCCACCACGUCCAAAGAAGCAUAAACGUUUGCAAAUGUACAGACAUGAGUGGGAAGACUCGAACCCCUGGCAAUGGGUGCAAGGCAAACUGUGUUUUCUGUUGCUCAUGGACUGGCUGAGGCAGCAUCAGGGGACCAACAUGUAAGAAACAUGACAAUAGAGAGGACCCAACCAGCAGAUCACAGUUUUUCAUCCCCCCAAUCAUUUCCUGAAGUCGAUAUGGUAAGGGACAUCAGUAUAUGGUUGUGAAUUCUGAUCUGAUGUGGCCAUAGAUUCUACAGUACUUUACUGACUCAAUAAAUGCCUAAGUUGUUUAUUAUUUUUUAAUGCUUUUUAGUUUUUAAUAAACAUUUAAUAGCCUAUAUGUACCGUAUUUUCGCGACCAUAAGGUGCACCGUAUUAAAAGUUGCAGUCUCAGUUACGGGUGCUAUUUCUGUAUUUAACACAUACAUAAGGUGCACCGGAUUAUAGAGCGCAGGCAUGGUAAAACAUACCGGUAUGCUAGCUUAAAACAUGCAUGCUAGCAUGUGUUUUAAAAAAGGCAGUGGAAGCAAAACUGAGUUCAGUUGUACUUUAUUGAAGUAUUUAGCAAUAUUUUCACAUUGUUUUUUGAUCAAUCCUCUUUCACAAAUCCAUCAAAGUCCUCAUCUUCUGUAUCCGAAAUGAACAGCUGGGCUAGUUCUCCAUGGAACACGCCAGGUUCCCGCUCGUCAUUGUCAGAGUCAGUCUCGUUGCUGUGCGGCUCCUCAUAAAUGAUGCUGGCUUUUGCGAAAGUUCGAACAACAGUGCAAGCAGACACGGUAGCCCAAGCAUCCGCAAUCCAUUCACAAAUUGUGGCGUAACUCGCCUGGCGCUGCCUCCCAGUCUUAGUAAAACUGUGAUCGCCAUCUGUCAUCCAUCGCUCCCACACCGUUCGCAACUUCACUUUGAACGCCCUGUUUACACUGAUGUCCAGCAGUUGAAGUUCCUUUGUCAAGCCUCCUGGAAUGAUAGCAAGCUCCGAGUUCAUUUGCUGCACUUGGUUUUUCACAGCGGCUGUGAGAUGGACGCGCAUGGAGUCACAGAACAACAGGGAUGGUGACGUGUGGAAAAAACCAAGCCAAACCAAUGUUGUUGAUGCACUAUAUACCAACUGGGGGCAUGCCUUUAGCGUCUUCUUUCACGCCCACACUUCCCCUUUAACGUUCUCAUGCUGUCCUCUGUCACGUCCGCCUUUUCUCUGUAUAAGCAGCGUGUCGGCAGGAAAUGCUCUCAGUCAGUCAAGCGGAGCCCUCAUCAAAGUCACACAAUAACAUUUACAGAUUUUGGAACUCGGUGCACACAUAAGGCGCACCGCAUUAUAAGGCGCUCUGUCCAUUUUGGAGAAAAUUUAAGACUUUUAAGUGCGCCUUAUGGUCGCGAAAGUACGGUAAUCAAUAAUUAGCCAAUUUGCCUGUCUAAAGAGAAACUCACUUAGAACUCUAUGUUAACAGUACUAAAUAAAUCAAUCUGUCAGGGCUGCUCCAGCAGGCUCUGGCUAGGGCUCCUCCCUCCUUUUGUGUUUCUUCCUUUUUUAGGUAUCCUGAGUGUUGUGGCAGCAGCGGCAGGUGAACAAUCAGGGGCAGUCAGCGGAAGCAGGAACAGGUGUGUCGGAGCCAGUCAGUCUUCCACCUCCUCUCCAUAUAUUCAGACGCCAGUCACCACUUGGACGCCAGAUUGUGAAUGCACAUAUUGGAACCGUCUGCCCCUCUUUGGACUUCCCUACAACUACAGUUCCAGGCAGACACCGGGAUCCUCUUCACCCACUCGCCAUCUUCAGUCUGGACCCCAUUCUGCCGUCGCUGCCUCUAUCUUCAGCUCAGCCCUCAGCCCGUUACCCCCCUAGUCAGCUGUCCGUCCCCAGCACGAGCCAGGUUGAGGUAUUUAGAGUCGUGUAGUUAAACGUUACCUGAGACUCUGUUUUUUUUAGUGAGCUUACUUGCUCUUUCGCUUUGAGUCUGCGUUAUGUUUUCUACUUAGUUUAGUUCUUCCGCUUAGAGUCUGCAUUGAGUUUUCUAGUGAGCUUAGUGGCUCUUCAGUUUUGGGUCUGCAAUAGUGUUUUCUACUGAGCUUAGUUGUUCUUCCGCUUAGAGUCUGCAUUGAGUUUUCUAGUGAGCUUAGUGGCUCUUCAGUUUUGAGUCUGCAAUUGUGUUUUCUUUAGUGAGCUUAGUUGCUCUUCCGCUUUAGUUUGUGAUGUGUUUUCUAGGGAGCUUAGUUGCUCUACAGCUUUGAGUCUGCAUUGAGUUUUUCUAGUGAGUCUACUUGCUCCUUCGCUGUGAGUCUGCAUUUUUGUAUUAGAAAUGACCAUCUAGUCCACCCGCCACUAGGGACUUCCUUGCCCUUGUAUACAGUGUGGUUUUUCCAGUUCCUGUCUCCGGAGACCUGCUACUGGGAGUUGUAGUCUUUUGAUCCUUACGCUUUGUCAAUAAAAGUAUUCUUGUUGGCUUCAGCUUGUCUCGAUCUCUGUUCCUGCGCUUGAGCCUCAAAGAAAACCGUAACACAAUCAAUAAAUACAUGCAUACACACAUAAAUAAGUCAAUACAUAAAUUGUGUUCACAUAAGAUUUAGAUGUGGAAAAAAACUUCUGCAGAGAAUUUCUUUGUACAGUAUUCUGCAUUCAGUUGUUUAUGUUUUCGCAGAAUACAGUAUUGCACACUGGUUGCUCAUUACAUUAUAAUUUAUUAGUAUGGUUUCACUGUUUAAAAUGAUGCCACUUCUUUUCAGACAGAACCUGCGAUCGUAAAACAAUACAAAAUUCUUAGUUUCGUGUUAAUAAAGCACUUAAAGCUUUAAGGUUCUUCUUCAGAAUAUACCACUCCUUGGGUGGUAGUGGCCCCAAGCCCAGUGAAGUUGGAAAGAUAUUCCCAGAUUCGAACUUCUGGCAUCAGUAACUCAUUAGAUAACUCAUUAGGAAUAACAUUGGUGUCUAUGGAGUGAACAGGGACUGUCUGCAAAUUGCAAAACCGCUGCAACAGCGAAGAGAGACACAAAUGCUCAAUAACUUAACUCUUAUGUACUGUAGUGUCACCAAAAUCACUGCAGCCUUCAAUUGGCUCCUGUUGACACCAAUGUUAUUUCUGCAACUUGAAAGAUAGUUACUGUUGAUCAAACUGUGCUUGUAGCACAUUGUCUAACAAUGAUGGAAGAGGCAUCGUUUAUGUUUUGACAACGUAUCUCUAAUGAGUUAUUGAUGCCGGAAGUCUGAAUCUGUGAAUAUCUUUCCAACUUUGCAGAACUGUGGCCCCGAGGCGCUGUGGUGGGUGUCCUUUAUUUUCAUUUCUGAAAGGUGGCAACCCUAUCCAGCGGUGAAACGAUAUGCGACUAAACAUAUCAUCGCUGGUCAGAUCAGGCAGGAGUCCACAGAAAAUUAUGGAGUCCGACAUUGUUUUGGCAAAGUUACACAUGGGAUGCCACACUAACUUUGGUGACCUCUGAUAGGUGUAACCGGGUGUCAUUACCGCCGAUGUGAAUAAUAAUCUUACUAUAUUUAUGAUUAUCCUUAGCCAGCAGUUUCAAAUUUGAUUCUAUGUUUUCCGGUCUGGUCCAUGGGAGGCAUUUGACUGUGGUCGCUGGUGCCACUAACUUCACGUUUCUGACUAUGGAGCUGCCAGCGAUCAGAAUUAGUUUCUCAGCAGGUGUGCCACUGAGUGGGGAAAAAUUAUUAGAAACAUGAAGCGGUUGGUGGUGAACACAGGGUUUGAGCUUAGGACUACUUUUCCCAUGAACUGUCACCCAGCCACCCUGGCUUCUCGGUUGAUCGGGAGCUGCCAGGGGACGGCUAGCAGAAGUUACGCUAGCAGCUAUGUUAUUGCGGUCCGCAACGGCUAAUGGGGCCUGGCUAGCUGCUAGCGGGUUGAUUUCCAUGGUGAGAGAGCCUUGCCUCCAGAGUUACAAAAAGACUACAUGUAUUACACGUACCAUUAUCGUUAAAGGAGGCAGAGGAGUAACUGAACAUGUGACACACCGAGCAGGAGAGAAAAAGAGAGGAAGAGGGAGAAGCCAUGCUAAUUGCUAAGACAGCAGACCAGAGAUAACAGGUUAAGUUAGAAUUAAGUACAAGACUUUGAGUAUAGGUGUUUGAAGAGAGCAAGUGCAUGGUAUGAUUCAAAAUACUAGCAUUACUCAGAGAGAUUUGAUGAAUAUCAAAUUACACAAGGUGAAAAAGAUUCCUAUCUAUCUAGUCAGAGAACACAACUCAGCGCUAGAACAGAAAAUGACGCAAUAUGCUCAUUGUAACAUCAGACGUCGAGCAGAGUUCACUUCUGUGGACACUAUCUGUUGUGUUCUGUACCUGUUCCAAUACUUUUGCUGACCGAAAUAUUUUAUGUUCCAUUACAAAUAAUGCUAUCUUAUAAGCUGGGUAUCAGAUCCAGAUGUAAAUACCUGGAAAUAAAAGCUGAAAUGUUGAUCUCUUGUUUAAUAUUCAUUGUUUGAUGUCAAACCCAAAUGUUUUCAGUCUACAGCAAAAAUAAAGGAAUUACCCUCACUGUUCCAAUACUUUUGGAGGGGAGUGUACAUGGAAGGUUAUCAUUGUAUAAAAUAAGUUUUUCAGGGGAAAAACUAAGAAUUCACACCAGAGUUGAAGGAGUUUAGGGGAGCGAUUCUCAUUUACAUUGAUUUGGUUGAUGUACAACCGAGUACUGGGGUUUACCACAAAGUGUGAUGGUAAAGUAAGCCAGUUCUGUUAAGUCACUAGCGGGAGUAUCUCAUUCUAGAAAGCCUCAAAUGUUAACUGUUAUUUCUCUUGCUAUUUCUUUAUCAUUGAUUCAGAAUAUUGGAAUUGAGCUUAUAUUAGUGAAAAUAACCCUUUCAAUGCAGAAGUUUGAUGAGCAAUUUAAGCUAGUAGAACUUUGCAAAACAUUUAUUACUGUAAAAGAUUUUCUUUGUCCGAUAAUGGAACUCAGUUGUUCAUUAAGCAAUUAAUGUUAAUGUCACAUGAACAACCUGUUAUCAGGCAGUUUAUCAGCUGUGUGUGGCUGUCAGUGAGCUUGUUACUCCAGGUUAAAGCACUGAAGCUGACCGUGUUCAAUAAUGGACGCACUGGCCGAGUAAAGUCAGAGAAGCAGACACUUCUUCUCAUUUAUUUAGGUUUUUAAAUGAAGCAGUUUCCGUUGAAUUAACUGCAGUAAUGUGAGGAUUAUUGUGUUGUUUACUGACAGUAGGUCUAGAUGGCCCCCGAUGAAUCACCACCUUAUCACGGUGGAGGGGUUUGAGUGUCCCUGUGAUCCUGGGAGCUAUGUUGUUCAGGGCAAUAGCCCCUGGUAGGGUCUCCCAAGGCAAAUUGGAAAACCCUGAUGACAUCACACAAGACAAAAGCCGCUACCUCGCCCAGACCAGAGAAACCGGAGCCUCUCCCAGGAGCCAGGUCUCGGGGGGGGAGCUCAUCAGAGAGCACCUGGUGGCCUAGCCUUGGGGCCCCAUGGGGCUCGGUAGGGCACAGCCCAAAAAAGUAACACGGGGUCGCCGCCCGGUGGGCCCACCACCCACCGGGCAGGAAAUCGGGGUCAGGUGCUGUGCCAACCAGGGCAGUAGGCAGGAGUGGGUGUCUAGGCCCCCUUGGUGGCGUAGACUAGCCUUGGGGACAUGGAACGUCACCUCACUGGCGGGGAAGGAACCCAAGCUGGUGCGGGAAGUGGAGCAAUACCGGCUAGAUAUGCACUUGCUGUGCAUGGAGGUGACUCCAUGCACAGCAAGGGUUCCAGAACCAGAAUCCUGGACAGGAGUUGCCCAGGGUGAGAGGCACUGGGCGGGUGUGGAUAUACUCACGAGCCCCCGGCUGAGCGACGCAUUUUUGGAGUUCUCCCCAGAGAAUGAGAGGGUCGCCUCUCUGCGACUUCGUGUUGCAGAGGGGAAAAUUCUGACUGUUGUUUGUGCUUAUGCACCGAACAGCAGUUCGGAGUACUUCUUGGAGUCUCUGGGCGGUGUCCUGGAAGGGGUACCACCUGGGGACUCUAUAGUUCCCCUGGGGGACUUCAACGCUCACGUGGGCAAUGACAGAGAAACCUGGAGGGAGGUGAUUGGGAGAAACGGCUUGCCCGAUCUGAAGAGAGAAGCAGAGCUGUCAACUGAUCACCACCUGGUGGUGAGUUGGAUCCAGUGGCAGGAAAGGCUGCCGGACAGACCUGGUAAACCCAAACAUGUAGUGAGGGUGAACUGGGAACGUCUGGCAGAGGGCCCUGUCCAUGUGGUCUUCAAUUCCCACCUCUGAAAGAGUUUCUCCUGCAUCCCGGGGGAGGUUGAGGACAUGGAAUCUGAGUGGGCCAUGUUCAAAGCCUCCAUUGCAGAGGCGGCUGUUAGGAGCUGUGGCCUGAAGGUCACUGGUGCCUGUCGCGGCGGCAACCAAGAACCAGCGGUGGACGCCAGCGGUGAGGGAAGCUGUCAGGCUGAAGAAGGAGGCCUUUUGGGCUGGGCUUGCUCAGGGCUCUCCUGAAACAGCUGAUGGUUACCGGUUGGCCAAAAGGGCCGCAGCUGCGACAGUUGCGGAAGCAAAAACUCGGGUGUGGGAGGAGUUCACGGAGGCUAUGGAGAAGGACUUUCGGUUGGCCUCAAGGAGGUUCUGGCAAACCGUCCGACGCCUAAGGAAGGGGAGGCAGGGCUUUGCUCAGGCAACAGUCGGGGUGGAGAACUGUUGACCCGUACUGGGGAUAUUGUCAGGUGGUGGAAGGAGCACUUUGAGGAACUCCUGAAUCCGGUAAACACGUCCUCUGUGGGGGAGGCAGAGCCUGAAGACUCGGGGGAAUCUUCGUCCAUAUCCAUGGUAGAGGUCGCCGAGGCAGUUAAAAAGCUCCUUGGUGGCAAGGCGCCAGGUGUGGACAAGAUCCAGCCUGAAGGCUCUGGACAUUGUUGGACUGUCUUGGCUGACAUGUCUCUACAAUGUCAAUGUGGGCAUUGGGUACGGUACCUGUGGAGUGGCAGACCGGGGUGGUGGUCCCCAUUUUCAAAAAAGGGGACUGUAGAGUGUGUUCCAACUACACAGGGGUAUCACACUUCUCAGCCUCCCUGGGAAAGUUUACUCUCGGGUGCUGGAAGGGACGCUCUGACCGAUUGUCGAACCUCAGAUUCAGGAGGAGCAAUGCGGAUUCCGUCCUAGGAUUUCUUCCUACUGGGGCCUCUUGCCAGGUCAUCAUUGUAAAUGAGAAAUUGUUCUCAACUGAUCUUACCUGUAAAAUAAAGAAUUAAUAAUGUAUAAAUUCAGUGAAGUCCGUCACUCAGUUGGCAUAGGACAUCACACUUAAAAAUAAUCUAAUACUAACAAUGUUUCUUUAUAGCGUACAUGUAUGAUUCUUACCCAUGUGUCUGUCAUCUCUGUAGCAAGUCUGGUCAUCUGUCUUUGGGUUUCAACUGUCAGAAAUUGGGUUUCUGCAUACUCUUGUAUGAUGGUUUUGUAGGAUCCACCAGCCAUCAACAGCAGUGGAACAGGGCAAACACAGAUUUUGUCUGUGCCCCUCUUGCAGCUCUGGAUUUAACACCUUCGCAGCCACAGGUUGGAGACGGGGCUCGCUUUGAUCAGUGGAGCUGAGACACCAAGACACUGCAAGCAAGACAUUCUCCAGAUCUGGCACGAGGGCGCAGACUAACGAAACAGGAGGAGGCAAGCACAAGAGCCGACUUUGGAGAAUUCCCCUACACAGACCUCCAUGGAUGUAUAUUGGGCCUGUUUUAGCCUCGAGACUGGUUUAAACCCCCAGUCACUCUCCAACCUACAAGGGACCAAAUACACAUUUGGACUGAUUCCUGAGCCAUUGAAGGGGGGCUCAGGAACCUUGAUGACAACUUGAAAGACAUUCCACUCACUGACAAAGGAACUCUGGACUCAAAUCAGAACCAACAAAGACAAUCAUUCCACAAUUCUGGACUCAACUCCUUUCUAUGUACAUCAAUGGAUGUGUUAUCAGGCAGUUCACAGAACAAAUUAACUUUUCAAUAACAUCCAGAUCAAUCUACAUCUUGCCUUGUCUUUAAUCUUCUAUUUCUCCUGAUUGGUAUCAACAUGAUAAUUCUUAACAUGUCUGUCAUUCACAUGAUCAUAUUUGGUAUCAUUUUGAAAUACUGUCUGUCAGUAAAAUCAAAUUAUGUUCACCAAAUUACAGUAUUUUUGGAGUUAUAGAUACCUCAAAAUUAUCUGCAAAUGCAAUUAUGCGAGGGACAUCUGGACUUUAGCCCUCCCCAACGGAGGUUGGUCCACAUGCCCACUUUCCUUAAUGAGAUGCAAAAAUCUGUUUUAAAACAUCAUGCCUGAAAGCAGCAUUUUGAGUUCUCCUUUACCAUCAAAUCCUCCUGCCUGAGAACAAUCCUUUACCACCAAGUUCUCCCGACUAUUGAAGUCUCCUUGCUAUCCAUCGUUCCGAGGCUCCACCCUAUCCACCGCUGUUUUGACCCGCUUCCACAGGCAGACCGGACCACAUGCAUCAUUGUCAUUUUCAUCAUCUCAUCACCAUCAUCAUGGCACGCAAAUACCUUUCAGUCACUGGAACUUUCCCAGAUUAUAUUUUCAAAGACACCAUUUACAGGCCAACAAAUUUGUCUGCUAUCAAAUCGACGGCUGCUUUCAGGUGUGGUCUCUUUAUCCCUUUCCCUUAGAACCCAUAUUUCAAGCAUAAUAUUAAUCCCAAUAUUACGUUAAAAUAUUGUGUUCUCUUCACUUAAUGUGUGUUAUUGUUGUUGUUAUUGUUUAGCUUAAU